AUGAUAACCUUAUCGCCAAUGAUCCCGUGCGGUUUUGAAGACUUUGCGGAACAUAACGAAGAGUCCUCUUCCAAUGAAGAUUUAAAAUUGACGAACAAAAUCGAUCCUCUAAGAAAAGACAUUGCGUACCUAAUAAACGAAUUGGACAACAUGAUAGACGAGUUUCCAAAAACGCUGACCUCGUGGGGGUUCAGCGUCGUCAACGAUCCACUAAAUUAG